UCGCCGUGAGAUGUCGCCGCGGUCAGCAGCGGCUGCGUGGAUGACCUGCCAACUUUUCCGGAUGUCCACACGCACCGUAGCGGCGAAGUGGUCUAGAUCGUAGUGCUUUCUACACCCGCUGCAACAUGACGAAGUACUUUGCGGCGACUUUCGACGUGGGUCAGCUGGUGAUUAUGUUGGUGUUGUUGCCCCUGCUUGCCGCUGCAGCCACGAUUCCUGCUAGCAGUACCAACGUGACUCGCCCGACGUUCGACUCGUGCUACGGGUGCAUCUGUGAGGCCUCUUCGCGGUGCAAUCCGAAGCUGGGCUGCAACAAGGGCGUGUGCGGCCUCUUCCAGAUCACCAAGCCGUACUGGCUCGACGCUGGCUCACCCAUUGUUCCGGGGACCUCGCCGGAUGCCGAAGAUGCUUUCGAGCGCUGCACCACACACACUUUCUGCGCCCUAGAGACCGUGCAGCUCUACAUGGCGCGGUACGGCAAGGACUGCAACAAUAACGGCAACGUGGAAUGCCACGACUUCGCUUUGAUCCACUACCUGGGUCCCUCCUGCGACGGCAAGCCCGGCCAGGAGUACAUCGACGAAUACGAGAACUGCCGCUUCAACUUCGAAGUGCUCAACCAGCCUUAGAAGGGCUGUUCACGUGGCCUGUGGUAUCUGCCAUAUGGAGGCUCAUUUCUUUGGUCGGCACGGUUCUACGUCCAGCAAUUAGAACGACAAAUUCUCCUGGACGAGAGCUACUCAGAUACACUUGCGUAGAUCAUGGCUGUUAAGAAAUAUCUACUCAUAAAUAAGUCUGUAAAAUUGUAUCUAAACUCAGUUAAAAAGCUGAGGCACUGUUUCUGACAUGUAUGUCAAGUUCAGAUAAAAGUUUUUU